AUGGUACAGAUUAAAAAUCACAAGGAUAGAAAAAUAAAGAAAUCAAAGGCAAAGGCCUGCUUGUUUACUGCUGUCUCUUCGAGCAUAUUCACUCGGAUUAUAUCUCUAAAGUCAGCCAAAGCUAUCUGGGACUAUCUCAACGUAGAAUAUGAAGGAGGUGAGCAAAUAAAAGGCAUGCAGGUGCUGAAUCUCAUAAGACAUUUUGAGUUGCAAAGGAUGAAAGAAUCAGAAUCUAUCAAGGACUACAUUGAUAGGCUUCUAAGUAUCGCAAAUCGAGUAAGAAUGCUUGGCUCUGAGUUUACUGACUCAAGAAUUGAUGAAAAAAUUCUUGUAACUGUGCCUGUGAGAUUUGAGGCAACAAUAACCACCUUAGAAAAUACUAAGGAAUUGUCCAAGAUUACCUUGGUAGAAUUAUUGAAUACCUUGCAAGCACAAGAGCAACGAAGAAUCAUGAGAAAAGAUGGAAUAGCUGAAGGAAACUCAGAGGGAAAUUAUCCUCCAUGCAAGCAUUGUGGUAAGAAAGGUCAUCCACCCUACAAGUGUUGGGAAAGACCAGAUGCAAGGUGCAGUAAAUGUAAUCAACUUGGCCAUGAAGCUGUAAUUUGUAAGAGUAAAAAUCAGCAACAAGAAGCAGAAGCUUAA